GGUUCCGUAGUAAACAAACCGCUUGAUUGCAUUGUUGUGGGAAAUGAAAUUGAUGAAAUUCGGUGAUGUACUAUGUUACGAAAAAGCACGAAUGAUCCCGAUUCUUCAAUAGCAAAGUAUUCCUUUGGGAGUUCUCUACUUUUUAACCGACGCGGACGCGACGUCCAAAAAGGGAGUGGUUUUCAAUUUGGCCCGUUUUUAUAAUGUUUUUUCAAAGUUCCUGGACUAAUUUUUAAGUUUUUCUUAAUUGACACAGGAAUUGUCAUAAUAAAGCUUAUCGUGAAUUAUUAUUCAAGUAGGCACACUGAUGAUGCAUGGAUACAGCACUUCCAAACUAUUCAGGAUCUGCUAAUGGUGCAAUAUUAUUUGAGAACCAAGCGAAUUUCUUAGACAUUUCUUUUAUAUAAAACUACCAUUUAAAAAAUAAUGACCGCCAAAAUUUUUAACAACUGAAUUAGCUACGGAACCCUACCUAGCGUGUUCAGGCACACACCUGACCGGUUUUUUUUUACAUUUUAUUUUAUUUACGUCAUCUGGUCGAUCGUGGACGGACAAGACGUUUUUAGAAUUUUAAGUUUCUCUAGCACAAUUAGGUCUUAUUCACAAUCACUAAAGUUACUAGAAUCUCUAAAGUUAACAAUCGGGUUCUAAUCUUUGAAAUCAGUGCUGGUUAGGUACAUACGAGAUUUCAUAGCAGUUGUGUAAAGACACUUUCUAUAGGUACUUACUUACCGGCGAAAUAGUAUAACUAUCCUUCACCUUCAGUAUAUUUUUAGUGAAAAAUGUCGCACAAACCUACACCAUAUAGCCCGAACUUCCCAGCAAGUCAAGGUUAUGGCCCUCCAGAGGAAGAAGCCAAAAAGAAUGAAAGUUAUCCAAUGCAUGCGCAAGGAGGCUACCCAGGUCCACCCGGUCCAAUGCUACCGCCAGGAGCUCAGCCAUUACCUGGCAUGCACUCUGGAUUCCAGCCAGGAUUCCAGCCUGGAUUCCAACCUGGAUUUGCUCCUGGCUACCCACAACCUCAAUCUGGCUACCCACAUCCCCAGCCUGGUUACCCUGCACCAGUUGUCCAACAACCAGGCCCGCAAGGUCCAGGUGGCUGGAUGACUAUUCCGCAAGCUCCCACCAAUUGUCCUCCAGGUUUGGAAUACCUAUCUAUGAUUGACCAGCUGCUCGUGAAGCAGAAAGUGGAGCUACUGGAAGCGUUUGUGGGAUUCGAGACCAACAACAAGUACACAGUGAAGAAUGCUCUCGGCCAGAAGGUGUACUACGCUGUUGAGGACAACGAUUGUUGCACUCGGAAUUGUUGCGGCCCCAUGCGUCCGUUCGACAUGAAAAUUAUGGAUAACUUUAGGAAUGAGGUGAUCCACUUGCACCGGCCGCUGGCGUGCGACUCGUGCUGGUGCCCGUGCUGGCUGCAGAGCAUGGAGGUGACGGCGCCGCCCGGCACCGUGGUGGGCAGCAUCGAGCAGGAGUGGUCGAUCUGCAAGCCCUGCUACGUCAUCAAGAACGCGGCCGGCGACGUGGUGCUGCGCAUCAAGGGCCCCAUCUGCACGUAUUCCAUCUGCGGCGAUGUUGAGUUCAAUGUAAGUGUUGACUCGUGCUGGUGCCCGUGCUGGCUGCAGAGCAUGGAGGUGACGGCGCCGCCCGGCACCGUGGUGGGCAGCAUCGAGCAGGAGUGGUCGAUCUGCAAGCCCUGCUACGUCAUCAAGAACGCGGCCGGCGACGUGGUGCUGCGCAUCAAGGGCCCCAUCUGCACGUAUUCCAUCUGCGGCGAUGUUGAGUUCAAUGUAAGUGUUGACUCGUGCUGGUGCCCGUGCUGGCUGCAGAGCAUGGAGGUGACGGCGCCGCCCGGCACCGUGGUGGGCAGCAUCGAGCAGGAGUGGUCGAUCUGCAAGCCCUGCUACGUCAUCAAGAACGCGGCCGGCGACGUGGUGCUGCGCAUCAAGGGCCCCAUCUGCACGUAUUCCAUCUGCGGCGAUGUUGAGUUCAAUGUAAGUGUUGACUCGUGCUGGUGCCCGUGCUGGCUGCAGAGCAUGGAGGUGACGGCGCCGCCCGGCACCGUGGUGGGCAGCAUCGAGCAGGAGUGGUCGAUCUGCAAGCCCUGCUACGUCAUCAAGAACGCGGCCGGCGACGUGGUGCUGCGCAUCAAGGGCCCCAUCUGCACGUAUUCCAUCUGCGGCGAUGUUGAGUUCAAUGUAAGUGUUGACUCGUGCUGGUGCCCGUGCUGGCUGCAGAGCAUGGAGGUGACGGCGCCGCCCGGCACCGUGGUGGGCAGCAUCGAGCAGGAGUGGUCGAUCUGCAAGCCCUGCUACGUCAUCAAGAACGCGGCCGGCGACGUGGUGCUGCGCAUCAAGGGCCCCAUCUGCACGUAUUCCAUCUGCGGCGAUGUUGAGUUCAAUGUAAGUGUUGACUCGUGCUGGUGCCCGUGCUGGCUGCAGAGCAUGGAGGUGACGGCGCCGCCCGGCACCGUGGUGGGCAGCAUCGAGCAGGAGUGGUCGAUCUGCAAGCCCUGCUACGUCAUCAAGAACGCGGCCGGCGACGUGGUGCUGCGCAUCAAGGGCCCCAUCUGCACGUAUUCCAUCUGCGGCGAUGUUGAGUUCAAUGUAAGUGUUGACUCGUGCUGGUGCCCGUGCUGGCUGCAGAGCAUGGAGGUGACGGCGCCGCCCGGCACCGUGGUGGGCAGCAUCGAGCAGGAGUGGUCGAUCUGCAAGCCCUGCUACGUCAUCAAGAACGCGGCCGGCGACGUGGUGCUGCGCAUCAAGGGCCCCAUCUGCACGUAUUCCAUCUGCGGCGAUGUUGAGUUCAAUGUAUACUCCAGAGAUGGCGAGACGAAAGUGGGCAAGAUAACUAAGCAGUGGUCGGGGCUCGCCCGCGAGAUGUUCACGGACUCCGACUACUUCGGGAUAACAUUCCCGAUGGACUUGGAUGUCAGGAUAAAGGCAGUUCUGCUUGGAGCGUGCUUCUUGAUUGAUUUUAUGUUCUUCGAGAAAUCUGGCAACCAAGAAAGCGACGGUCCUGGAAUGCUUUAAAA